GCUACAAUGAGCACCUUCUUAGAUUACUCUGUGAUGAGUGGGGACGGCGGGUCCUGCUCUGCCACGGCGUACCACUCAGACCACGGAAUUACAACUUUUCAGUCCUGCGCUGUCACAGCUAAUGAUUGCGGCGGGGAUGAUCGCUUUAUUGCCAGUCGAGGUUCACCGGGUGGCAUUCCUGCACACCCUCACCAGCCUGGAUCAUACCAGCCUCACGGCCCUCUGGGCAUAACAUACGCCACCCAUCCGGGCUGUGGCUCCAGCUAUGGCCCUCAGACUUUCUGUGCCAGUUACAAUCAUUACGCCAUGAACCAGGACGCGGAUUCCGGUGCCGGAUACUCACAAUGUGCCCCUAUCGUUUAUUCUGGGAGCAUUUCAUCAUCCAUGGCGCAGCACCGUCAGAGUUACAGUAAUGGAUCUCUGGGGCAAUUCCAGUACACUCACGCAGCCUAUGGACACGAGCAGUCCAGCCUUACCUUCCCAGGAUUCUCGAACCCCCUGUCACCUCUGCACGCAUCGCACCGUGAAUCAUGCUGUUCUCCUCUGUCUGAAAGCUCUCCUCCAGCGCAGACAUUUGACUGGAUGAAAGUUAAAAGAAGCCCGCCCAAGACAGGCAAAGCUGGAGAAUAUGGCUUCGGGGGCCAGCCUAACACGGUGAGGACCAACUUCACCACCAAGCAGCUGACGGAGCUCGAGAAGGAGUUCCACUUCAACAAGUACCUGACGCGAGCCAGACGCGUGGAGAUCGCCGCCGCCCUGCAGCUCAACGAGACUCAAGUGAAAAUAUGGUUCCAGAACCGCAGGAUGAAGCAGAAGAAGCGCGAGAAGGAAGGGCUCUUGCCCAAGUCUCCGCCUGGUCAAGCGGACAACGAAGAGAAAGCUGAAGACACUUCGGAAAAAUCACUCUCUGCUCCUCCGACACCAUCCCCCGCCUCGUCCACGGCGUCCUCCACGGCCGACCCUUACAUCUCCAGCUGAAUGAUCCCUGUCAUCUGCUCUGCU